AUGAUAGGGUCUUUGUAUGUUGCUGAUUCCCUCAAGAUCUCUUCUCUUUCUAUCAGUAACUCCUAUAACCCUGCUAUUCCAUGUCAAACCCUUGUCUCUUCAAAUAAAGUGACACCGUCAUCAGUUACCAUGGCCAGAGAUUUGAGCUUCAAGGUCAGCACUUCUUCUCAGAGCCAUGCUUCUUUUGUGGUGCAACGGAAAGAGAAUAAUAAUGGGGAUAAUGGGUUUGUAGUAGGGUGUGCAAAAUGGGGUUUGCAGAGAGAAGCGGAAGAUGAGAUGAAACCGCAUGAAGAUGAUGACAAGGGUAGGAAUGGAAUGACAAGGUUUAGACAUAACUGUGGAGAAGGAGAGGGGAUUGCGGAGCUGUUGGAGUGUUUAGAAAGGGAAGCUAUAAUGGGUGAAGAUGUGGGAAAAGAUCCUACUGAUUACAACAGAAGGGCUAAGAUAUUUGAUAGAAGCUCUCAAGUAUUCCAAGCUCUCAAAAAACAUAACAGUGAUGGUUUCCCACAAGAGUCUUCUUAAUAACAGGAAGUAGCUUUGUUAUCAUUUUGACUCCAUACUUGUAUUUGAAAUAAACUAGUGUCCCAUCGUAUUGUAUCGAAGAAUUUGGUUGAUUAGAUACACAAAUGAAUUUCAUAGGACUCAGACCUUCUCUUUAUCUUCA